AUGACUGCUUGUAAAUAAGAAUGCAAGUAUGUGAAUUUGCUAAGGACAAAGGAAAAUAGUGAGUUCAAAACUUAAUAAUCCAUUGAAUUUAGAGGUAAUUUUAUAUCUGGAUGUAUGAGUGAUGACGCUUAACUUUGGAUGAAGAUUCAAGAGAAAUUCAAAUUAGAAAAUAUAUAUAAUUUAUAAUUAUUCAUUUCAGCCUUCUGA